AUGAGCUUGUCGCGAAGAGGAUCCUUUUUCGAAGUUGAGAUUUCGGAAGAUGAAGCCGAACAACCUAAGAGUGAGUUUUUGGACAGGGUUCUCGAAGAAACUGAAGAAAAAGAUGAAGUUACGGAACUUAAAAACUCAAAAUUGAAGGAAGAUAUUUUCGAUGCUUCAGACCGCCUUCGAAGCGCAAGUCUCGCAAACUUAGGCUUAACUGACGAAGUAGCAGCCACAGGAGGAGAUGGCUAUCAAGCUUGUCUCGAACUGAAGGACUUGGUCGAACAAAUCGUUGAAAACUUCGAAAUCAUAAGGAAUCUUGAAGAAGAGAUCGUCAACCAGUCAUAA